AAGCGUUUAAAUCAGAUGAACUUGAUGGGCUCUAUUCAAGAUCUGGCGGAGUUGUGUCCCAAGAAAAGUAAAUCUGAAAAUGCAGGGGAGUGCUUCGUUCCCAGCCAGCCUGUGAUAGAAGUGGUGGCGGUGAAGAUCUUGGGAGGCUGCAAGCUCUUGCUGCGCUUACUGGAGUGUUGCUGCAAAGCAUUUGUCCUGUCUGUUAAGCAUCUGUGUUUGGAAGAAUACAUCCUCUUGAACACUGUGGUUUCGGGAUUGUUGAGCAGAUUAUGGAUUCUUUAUAGGUGUGUAUUACAAAGCCUCAUUUCUUUAUAUGGGGUGUUGUCUGGGUUGCUGCAGGAGGUGUCCAGGACCCAGCAGAUGCCUUAUAUUAAGGAGUUUACCUUCCCUUCUGAAAUCGCUGAGUUUCUGGGACCCCUUUAUUUGGAGAUUAAACAAAGACCUAAAGUACUUGCAACAAAAAAGGCAACUGGAUGGCUGAACAAACUGUUUGCAGGGCCUGCAGUAGCAUCCAGGUGCAGUAAAGAGAGAGGCCUGGCAGCUCCCACAAGGUGCAGCAAGAUGACCAACAUCCAGCGCCCCACUGACAUUGGGAAGCCGGUUCUUGUGAAGAGAGCAAACACAGGGAAGCAGUUGGGAUUUGACAUCAAGACCUUAUGUAGGCAACUUAAACCCAGAAUCCAAGAGGAAGUAGACUUCAGGCUAACGCUUUCUGAAGCAAAAGCAGUGAGAUCCCCGCAUGCCAAAUCCCUUGUGUUGCGGUUUAGAGAAGCCGGCUCUUUUGGAGAACUGUCUGAAGCACUCAGAACGGCCAUUCUCUACUGCAAAAGCAAAAAGCUCAAGUCGGAAGCUUUCUUUCUGGGAACCAAACUUUUGAAAAGCAAACGGCUGCACCAUGUGGAGGCUCAGGGCUGCAGCUUACAGAAAAAACUGGGCUGUGUUAAAGCAUCUAUCUGCAAAUACCUUCUCUCUGGCUUGCAAAAGGCACAUUGGCCAAAGCAGUACCGCAGAGCAAGUUCCUGGCAGCAAAGGAAGAUCAAACUGUCCAGAAGGUCAAAAUCUGUCUCAAAGAAGACUCCAGAGUUUGUUCAACAAAACACUUCCAGCCUUUUGGAAGACAGUAUGCCUGGUGCUGCGUCCCUCUAUCCUUCUUGGCAGUGUGAGCAUUCACUUCACCUAAGAAAAGCAGGAGACUGUAGCGCUACCAAGCAUGUUGGAGAACAAGACAAAGUGGGGACCUCUGAACCUGUGGCGUUGGAAAGAAACCCUGGGCCUACAGUGAAAGGGACUAGUGAGAACGAUGAUAUUGAUGACAUUUUUGCAGCAAUGGGUGUAUAA